AUGGAUUCUCAUGACUUUACAUACUGGGGUAGACAAAUGAUUGAUUUUAUAACACACUAUCUACAAAAUAUUCAUAAAUAUUCCGUCGUACCAAAUGUAGAACCGGGUUAUUUAAGACACCUAUUGCCAGAUCGACCACCUGAACAACCAGAACUAUGGGCUGAUAUAUUUGACGAUAUUGAAAAGUAUAUUUUACCUGGGCUAAGUCACUGGCAGCAUCCUCGAUUUCAUGCAUAUUUCCCUGCAGCUAAUUCAAUGCCAUCGAUCAUGGCUGAUAUGUUGUCCACAGCACUAGGUUGCAAUGGAUUUUCAUGGGCUGCAAGUCCUGCAAUUACUGAACUAGAAAUUGUGAUGUGUGACUGGAUUGGAAAACUUUUAGUUCUACCAGAAAUGUUUUUGCACAGCAGUGGAAUUGGAGGCGGUGUAAUACAGUCUUCUGCAAGUGACUGUAUAUUAAUAUCAAUGUUGGCUGCUCGUCACCAAGCAGUUGAACGUUAUAAACAUCUUUUUGAGGAGACAAAUGUAUCAGAUUCAAAAAUUGCUGUCCUAUCACGACUUGUAGCCUAUACUUCGAAAUUAGCCCAUUCCGCUGUUGAAAAAGCCAGUAUUUUAAGUUUUGUUAAGCUGCGUCAUUUGGAAGUGGACGAAGACUUUAGUCUUCAAGGUGAAACCUUGCAAAAUGCUAUUAAAGAAGACAAAGCUCUUGGUCUUAUUCCAUUUUAUGUUUGUGCUACACUCGGAACAACAUCAUGCUGUUCAUUUGAUCAUUUAAAAUCUAUUGGGCAAGUGUGUCGUGAAAACAGUAUUUGGUUACACAUUGACGGUUCGUACGCAGGAAAUGCGUUUAUUUGUCCAGAAUUUAGACACUAUUUAGAUGGAAUUGAAGAUGCAUGGUCAUUGAAUAUAAAUCCAAACAAAUGGAUGUUAGUAGGCUAUGAUUGUAGCCUUAUGUGGGUACGCAGUACGAAAGCUUUAACAGAGUGUAUGGUUGUCGAUCCAAUAUAUCUGCAAUAUGAACAUGCUGUUAAAGCAGUUGACUUUCGGCAUUGGGGCAUCCCAUUAAGUCGAAGAUUCAGAGCUCUUAAAUUAUGGUUUGUAAUUCGAAUAUACGGUGCUUCAGGUUUGCGAAAGUACAUUCGAACGGGAUCUAAUACACUGAACCAGUGCUUUUUCCAUGCCAUUAAUGAAAAGCGUGAAAUUCAUGUUAUUCCUUCAAUGGCAAGAGAUAUUUAUUUUGUUCGAUUCGCUGUUUGUCGUGAAAACGCCUGCAUCGAAGAUAUUGACUAUGCAUGGUCUGUGAUUGAAACAACGUCCAAAAAUAUGUUGGCAACACAAGCUUUACUAAUGACAUGGAAAAAAUCGGUUUCACUGGAAGUAAAUAGUACAGAAAGCCUGCCAAAGUCACAACUUGGUCAUUUCUCUGAAGCAAAUGAAAGUAAUGAGAACAGUAGUUGUGAACGUUGGACUACUCAUAAUAUGAAUCAUUUUUAUGAAAAUGAUUUAAGACUAUCAUCAUCUUUGUCUGAUGAUGAAGCUAAUGCUUAUAUAACCAAUCAGGAGAUGAAAAAGGUGCCAGAUGAUUACUCUUGUGAAGAGUCGAAUAAUUUUCCUCCACAUUUUAUGCGAAUAUUUGAAUCAGGCAAAAAAAUGAUGAAUGGUUCCGUUCCUAAUAUUAGUACUUACAAUACUUUGUACAACAUAAAAUCUGUCGUUUCAAAUUACGAUAUAAUUAGCAGUGAGAAUACGGAUGGAGAGAUACCACCUAAAACUGCUACUUGGGAGUCUGUUGAUAGGUUUUAUUCAACUCGCCCUGAAGAUGGUGUAAACUCGAAGAUAAUCUCCUUAUUGUUGAGAAAUGAAAUGCUUUUUGAAUGGACAACUACAGUGCUGUUACGUGGUGCUUCUAAUGAAUUUUAUUCUCAUUUAGUAAAACCAUAACAUACAUUCCUGUAUCGUUAGUAAAGAUUGGUUUAUAUAGGUAUACAUGACACAACAAACAUGUUCAAAAAUUCAUUCUGACCAACUGUUAAUAAAUAAAUAUUCAAAAUAGCAUACCUUUAGGAGAAAAAAACAUUAAUGUUGUUCAUAAUACUUAUCCUGGGCAACACCACCAACAGCAGCA